AUGGUGAGGCUUGUACUGCCCAACCCUGGCCUAGAGGACCGGAUUCCAUCUCGGGAUGAACUGGAGGUCAUUGAGAAGGAAGAGGCCAGCUCCCGGCCCAAAUGGGACAACAAGGCCCAGUACAUGCUCACCUGUGUGGGCUUCUGUGUGGGGCUCGGCAACGUGUGGCGAUUUCCCUACCUAUGCCAGAGCCAUGGAGGAGGAGCCUUCAUGAUCCCAUUCCUCAUCCUUCUGGUACUGGAGGGAAUUCCCUUGCUGCACCUGGAGUUCGCCAUUGGCCAGCGGCUACGCAAAGGCAGUGUGGGUGUGUGGAGCUCCAUCCACCCGGCUCUGAAGGGUGUAGGCAUUGCCUCCAUGUUUGUGUCCUUCAUGGUGGGCCUGUACUACAACACCAUCAUCGCCUGGGUCAUGUGGUAUUUCUUCAACUCCUUUCAAGAGCCUCUGCCGUGGAGUGAGUGUCCACUCAACGUGAACCAGACAGGCUAUGUGGAGGAGUGUGCCAAGAGCUCUUCCGUGGACUACUUCUGGUACCGAGAGACUCUGAAUAUCUCCACUUCCAUCAGUGAUUCGGGCUCCAUCCAGUGGUGGAUCCUGCUCUGCCUGACAUGUGCCUGGAGUGUGCUGUACGUGUGUGUUAUUCGUGGCAUCGAGACCACUGGGAAGGCUGUGUACGUCACCUCCACUCUGCCCUACGUUGUGCUGACCAUCUUUCUCAUCCGUGGCUUGACUCUGAAGGGUGCCACCAAUGGCAUCGUCUUCCUCUUCACACCCAAUAUUACGGAGCUGAGCAACCCGAACACGUGGCUGGAUGCAGGAGCUCAGGUGUUCUACUCCUUCUCCCUGGCCUUUGGGGGCCUCAUCUCCUUCUCCAGCUACAACUCUGUGCACAAUAACUGUGAGAUGGACUCUGUGAUCGUGUCCAUCAUCAAUGGCUUCACUUCUGUGUAUGCAGCCACCGUGGUCUACUCCAUCAUUGGCUUCCGAGCCACCGAGCGCUUUGAUGACUGUGUCAACACAAACAUCCUGACUCUCAUCAAUGGCUUCGACCUGCCUGAGGGCAAUGUGACUUCAGAGAACUUUGAGGCUGUCCAGCAGUGGUGCAACGCCACCAAUCCUGAGGUCUAUGCACAGCUCAAGUUCCAGACCUGUGACAUGAACUCCUUCCUUUCUGAGGGUGUGGAGGGCACAGGCCUGGCCUUCAUUGUCUUCACUGAAGCCAUCACGAAGAUGCCAGUGUCUCCACUGUGGUCGGUACUCUUCUUUAUCAUGCUCUUCUGCCUCGGCCUCUCGUCCAUGUUUGGGAACAUGGAGGGGGUGGUUGUACCCCUUCAGGACCUCAAUCUCAUCCCUAAGAAGUGGCCCAAAGAACUGAUGACAGGCCUCAUCUGCUUGGGGACAUAUCUCAUCGCCUUCAUUUUCACACUGAAUUCGGGCCAGUACUGGCUCUCUCUCCUGGACAGUUAUGCUGGCUCCAUCCCUCUGCUAAUCAUCGCCUUUUGUGAGAUGUUUGCUGUCGUCUACGUGUAUGGAGUAGACAGGUUCAACAAGGACAUCGAGUUCAUGAUUGGCCACAAGCCCAACAUUUUCUGGCAAGUUACAUGGAGAGUGGUCAGCCCACUGAUCAUGCUGGUCAUCUUCCUCUUCUUUUUUGUUAUUGAGGUCAACAAAAAGCUCAUGUACAGCGUCUGGGACCCUAACUAUGAGGAGUUCCCCAAAUCUCAGAGGGUCCCAUAUCCCAACUGGGUGUACGCUGUGGUGGUCAUCGUGGCUGGGGUGCCCUGCCUCACCAUCCCCUGCUUUGCCAUCUACAAGCUCAUCAGAAACCGUUGCCAGAAGUCUGGGGACCACCACGGUCUGGUCAAUGCACUGUCCACAGCCUCUGUGAAUGGGGACCUGAAGUACUGA